GCUGUUAAGGGGUUGGUUCCCCCUUUUCGUACAGAUUCACUGAUUUGACACAAUUUUCCGUUUCUGACUCGUUGAAAAAGUGACGUGUUCGUUUUAAGCUGUGCAUGUAUCCGGCUGGCGGGAUCUCUGCAAGCAUAUAUGCCAACAGGCUCCGGGCAGAGGGCAUGGGGUCCGUGGACCGAGCUGUACUUUUUGCCAACCAGGACUACGAGGCGCUGAAGCAGGAGUGUGUGGAGUUGGGCCGCCUGUUCGAGGACCCCUGCUUCCCUGCUGAGCCUCCGUCGCUGGGCUUCAAGGAGCUCGCACCCCAUUCCUCCAAAACUCAAGAUGUGGAGUGGAUGAGGCCAACGGAGCUGACAAGUGACCCCCAGUUUAUUGUGGGUGGCGCCACCAGGACAGAUAUCUGUCAGGGAGCUCUUGGUGACUGCUGGCUCUUAGCAGCCAUAGCCUCUUUGACCCUGAACGAGAGGCUCCUUCAUCGGGUCGUUCCACAUGGCCAGUCCUUCCAAGAUGAUUAUGCUGGAAUCUUCCACUUUCAGUUCUGGCAGUUUGGCGAGUGGGUAGAUGUUGUGAUUGAUGAUCGAUUGCCUGUCAAAGACGGGGAGCUCAUGUUUGUCCAUUCAGCGGAGGGCAAUGAAUUCUGGAGCGCGCUGCUGGAGAAAGCUUACGCCAAGCUAAAUGGCUCCUAUGAGGCUCUGUCCGGAGGAAGCACCACAGAAGGCUUUGAGGACUUCACGGGCGGUGUGUCUGAGAUGUACGAGCUACGCAAGGCUCCUCGAGAUCUCUACAGGAUAAUCAGCAAAGCCUUAGAGAGAGGCUCCCUGCUGGGCUGCUCUAUCGAUAUCACCAGUGCCUUCGACAUGGAGGCUGUGACAUUCAAGAAGCUGGUGAAAGGCCACGCCUACUCUGUCACCGGACUGAAGGAGGUUGAUUACCGCGGCGACAUGGUACGCCUCAUCCGAAUACGUAACCCUUGGGGACAGGUGGAGUGGACCGGUGCCUGGAGUGACAGUUCCCAUGAAUGGGAGGAGAUCGACCCUUCAGAACGAGAAGACUCUCAUCUUAACAUGGAGGAUGGGGAGUUUUGGAUGUCGUUCAGUGAUUUCUUGAGGCAGUUUUCUCGACUGGAGAUCUGUAACCUGACUCCAGACGCUCUGAGCGAUGACGGCCUCAGCCACUGGAACACCAUAAAGUUCUACGGGAUGUGGAGGAGAGGCAGCACCGCUGGCGGCUGCAGGAACCAUCCCAACACGUUUUGGAUAAACCCUCAGUAUAAGAUCACUUUGUUGGAAGAGGACGACGACCCCGAGGACGAUGAGGUGGCGUGCAGUUUUUUAGUGGCCCUCAUGCAGAAGGACCGCCGCAGAUACCGGCACCACGGUCAGGACAUGCACACAAUUGGUUUUGCUCUUUAUGAGAUUCCAGAAGAGUACAGAGGUUGCCAAAAUGUCCAUCUGAAGAAAAAUUUCUUCUUGAGUCAUUCGUCGUGCGCUCGAUCGGAGACUUUCAUUAACCUGCGGGAGGUGAGCACGCGGCUGCGCCUGCCCCCCGGAGAAUACCUCAUCGUGCCCUCCACCUUCGAGCCCGGCAAAGAGGCUGACUUUGUUCUCAGGGUCUUCACUGAAAAGAUGUCGGAGACCGAAGAACUGGAUGAUGAAGUGUCUGCUGACUUUGGAGAGGAGGAGGAAAUAACUGAGGAUGACAUUGAUGACUCCUUUAAAACUUUGUUUGCUCAACUAGCGGGAGAGGACAUGGAGAUUUCUAUUCGCGAGCUCAGGACGAUUUUAAACCGAGUUGUCUCCAGGCACAAAGAUAUAAAGACUGACGGCUUCAGUACGGAGUCAUGUAGGACAAUGGUCAACCUGAUGGAUAAAGACGGCAGUGCACAUUUAGGACUGGUGGAGUUUCAGAUCCUCUGGAACAAAAUCCGAAAGUGGCUGGGCAUUUUUAGGGAAUUUGAUCUUGACAAGUCAGGGGCCAUGAGCUCAUAUGAGAUGCGUCUUGCUGUGGAGGCAGCAGGCUUUAAACUGAACAAUAAACUGAACCAGGUUCUGGUGGCUCGGUACGCAGAGAACGAAAUGAUUGACUUUGACAACUUCAUCUGCUGCUUGGUGAAGCUUGAAGCCAUGUUUAGAUCUUUCCAGCAAUUUGACAAAGAGGGAUCAGGAAUGGCUGAGAUGAAUCUCACAGAGUGGCUUUAUCUGACCAUGUGCGGUUGAGGAGGCUCGUCUCUGCUGGAGGACGUGUAAACGUGCUGUGCCUGAAAACGCCUUUUUCCUCUUACCUCAACGCAAAAGUAUCAUUGGAGCUGCAUAACUGGAAAUCAAAGCCCCACAGAACUAACCGUUUCCAUAUUUUAGAAGCUAUGCAAACUCAUAAAAAAGAGAAAACAAGUACCGUGACACAAAUCUGUCACAGUUAAAGAAUCAUAUAUUUGUGCAUGACAAAAAC